UCUAUAUAUAAAGACAUAGUAUAGAGAUAGGUAGAGUGGUAGACGAGUGAACUUUUGGGCUAUGCCGAUAGGCGGUUCGGCGUCGAAUUGCGUCCCCGAGGCUAAUCAAGGGUCGAAUCGACGCGGACACAUGUGUGUUUAGGUUCAUAGUUGAUUCGAACGCGAUGACAAGAACGAGCACAGGCGUAGUCGAAGAUCACGCUGGUCUGGGACAUCGUGCGAUAUUCUCGUGCACGCAGUGGAUUAUCUUCCUCGGUGGAAAACAGUGCGGACAACUGUUCCAAAGCCAAUAGAGAGCUGAAAAUUUCACGGGAAACGCUACGAACGACUCGCGCACAAUUAAUAUUGCUCGUUAUUAGAGUGACAGUCAAAGAGAACGGAGGUACUACGAAAAAACUAGUAACAAAUGGUCAAGGUAUCCACGUGCUUGGCCAAGGCCGCGGCCUUCAGGGCCGUCAUCCUCGGCGCACCGGCUUCCGGCAAGGGCACCGUUUCUUCAAGGAUCGUUCAACUAUUCGGAGUUACUCAUAUUUCGAGUGGCGACAAACUUCGUUAUCACGUUGUUAACGAGACCGAACUUGGCAAAGAAGUGAAGAAGUACUUGGAGGAAGGCAGAUACGUACCGGACGAAACGAUGAUAUCGCUUAUCGGGAAAGAAAUUGAGAACGUGGGCGAUUGCAGUUGGCUACUCGACGGAUUCCCAAGGACUGUGGCACAAGCUGAAAAACUCCAAGAAAGCCAUCCGGUGAACUUGGUUCUCAAUCUUAUUGUUCCCCACUCGAUCAUACUCGAUCGAGUUAAGAACAGAUGGGUCCAUUUACCUAGCGGUAGAGUAUACAACAUUGGAUUCAAUGAUCCCAAGGAACCAGGUAAGGAUGACGUGACGGGUGAACCGUUAUCACAGCGACCGGACGACAAACUGGAAGUCGUGAAGAAGCGAUUACAGGAUUAUGCAACGAAAACCGAACCAGUUAUAAGUUACUAUCGUAAAAUAGGCUUACUGAAGGAAUUUCGUGGCAACACAACCGCAGAAAUGUGGCCGCACAUUAAAGAAUGCUUGGAGCGAUUUGUGCAAGAAAAUAUUUAGAUAAUACGAUAUUUGGGACACGUUGGGAGAAUCAAGUUAUGUGAAAAUAUCAGAAACAUCAAGUCUUUUAGAUUGAUAUUUUUACGUUUUUAUUCUAUUAACCAAGCAUUUGGUCAUCAACCAUCGCGAUGGUUAGUUAUGAAAUAAUACAACGUGUCUUUAAUUUUAUAACAUUCGUUGUUGAAUGAAACCGAGUUUUUCUAAAUCAAUUUUUUUUCAAAUGAUCGAAUAGCACAAACAAUAUUUGCGUUUUUGAUAUUUUUCUGACACCCCGUUAUAAAACUAUAAGUUAGAAAUACAUCUGAAAAAGUAUAUUUUUGAAAACCACCGAAAAUGUAAUUCAAUUGCGACAAAAAUAUCGCGUAUUGUUAAAACAUUUUUUUCACUUCUCAGCUGUGAAGAACCCUUGAAAAAUGCCAGAAUGGCACCUGAAGAGAUAACAGUGCAAAAAAUGUGUAAAUAGAAACAAAAAGCGAACGAAAAAUUGUAUCAAAUCAUCGAAAUGAUAACCAGAGUCGAUAAUGUUUUAUAGAUCGCCCCCGGUGACUGGGGACUUUGCAACGCUGUUGAAUGUCGUAGAUAGAGAUGAAAUUUUCUAGAAAUAUUGAGAGUUUAAUUUUUGUAUAAUUAAAAAUGUAGAAUUAUGAAAAUGAACGAGGAUAUUGAAAGAAAAAAGUAAAAAAAAGUUAUGAUAAUUUGAGAGAAAAGAGAAUGGUAUAAUUGUAGGAAAACGAAUAAAAAAUUAGUAUUUUUGUUA